AUGAUGGCUAUCAUCGGAAUGUUUUUCCAGGACGGCUUGACCGGCUCCGCGUGGGGCGACUGGGCGCUCUACACUGGAUCCCCGCUGCGCGCGUUCGAGAGCGAGCUGGGCGUGCAGGACCCCGUGGGCUUUUGGGACCCUGCCGGGUUCACAGCGGAUGGUAGCACGGCGAAUUUCGCCAGGAGGCGCCAGACAGAGCUCAAGCACGGCCGCGUGAGCAUGCUGGCGACGAUGGGUUACAUCACGCCCGAGAUCACCGGCAAGCUGCCCGGCUACUUGUCGCCUUCGGCUGGCCUGAAGUUCGCGGACAUCCCGAACGGGCUCGGGGCGAUCUCCAAGGUUCCCGCGGCGGGCUGGGCGCAGAUCGUGGCGUACGGCGCGUUCUGCGAGCUGUCCCAGGACCAGUCCGCUGGCACCGCUGCCGCCGCAGGCGACUUCGGCUUCAAGGUGCUGACGUCCAGUGACGCCGGGGAGAAGCAGAAGAAGUUGGCGGCAGAGAUCGCCAACGGUCGCCUUGCCAUGAUGGCUAUCAUCGGAAUGUUUUUCCAGGACGGCUUGACCGGCUCCGCGUGGGGCGACUGGGCGCUCUACACUGGAUCCCCGCUGCGCGCGUUCGAGAGCGAGCUGGGCGUGCAGGACCCCGUGGGCUUUGGGACCCUGCCGGGUUCACAGCGGAUGGUAGCACGGACGGCUUGA